GUAUCGACACUGUGUCACACUGUGUUACCUGUAUCUCUUGAUGGAAGGCACCCAUAGUUUUUCCAUCUAGCCCCCAUCUAGUUUUUCCCCCAUCUAGUUUUACGAGUGAGGAGCGUUACGUUACGUUACCAUGGAAACUGUUACGUACGAUAUAUGUAUAGUAUGCUAAAUGUACAAUAAAUUUUCCUUUGCAUUUGUUUAUUAUAUUCAAUAAUUUUAUAUUCGACAAUUAUAAAAACAUUGACUGUUAUUGAAUAUUGGUAUACUACAUGCAUAGUGGACUGCAACGAUUUUAUAAAAUAUGACAAAGAGUGGCAAUAUUGAUAUCGGAAGUGUUUUCGACGAGUACCUGCAAAAAGAACAGCAAUUCGAACGAGAAAUAGAAGAACGCAACAAAUUACGUCGCGAGAUUCGUGACAGGAAUAUUUCCAAAAUUUCUGACUCAUCAAAUUUGCUUUUAAAUUUGGAAAAAUCUCGCAUUCGAAAUCAGACUCUUCUAAAGGAUAUGGAGAUGUCUAGAGCACGGCUGAGAACUUACGCUUCUUACACGCCUACCGAUGCAGAAUUGCAGCAGAUUUCGUCAGCCUAUCGGAAUCAUCUUCGCAGAAAUCUCCAAACGAAAUCGUAACAAGGAAUUGUUUCCAUGGUCGGUUAUUCGUCGAUGAUUGUUGGUUCAAUCUGAUAACUCGAGCCGAACGAACAAACUUUCAAAUGAAAAGUUUAUUGAUCGUUAGGAUCGAUGGAUCAGAUUGAUUGCUAAUCUAUUUGAUUUUUCGCAUCUUUGUAUGUUAAUCAAAAGAAAUAAGAUUCGUUAAACGAAUCAGAUUGCGAAACGUGAACACAAUAUUUUUGCGCACUUUAUAAUCGGGCCCGAGUUUUUGCGAAUAAAUGAAGCAAAAGUAAAAUGAAACAAACUGGCAAACAGAUUGUCAUAUCUUACGUAUCUCACAUGAAUCUCUAUUAUCGUCGUUCGUAAAAUAAUUACCACCACGUGCAGCACAAUGUAUCACUAAUAUUUUAACUCGGACAAUGUUGACGUGUAAUGUAUUGCAAACGAAUGUGCUUGUGGCUGGCUUCUUAUUUUCCAGCAAAA